GACGCCGCGCGCGCGCGCGAGAGAGAGAGAAGAGAGCGUACGCCGUGACGCCACGCGCCGAAGGGGCUCCGUAGGGCCUUGUGGGAAUUGUCGCGUAGGAAGUAUAAAGCCGGGAAGGAGGGGGCGGGGCUUUCGGGAGGAGGAGGCGGGGCCGUGAGGGGGGAAGAGCCUCCAUUUUGCUCGGCGUCCUGAAGGGAGCAGCUCCUGAAGGGGCUCCAUCGCCCUCCCCGUCGCCUCCCUCGCCUCCUUCGGCUGCGCCGCUCCCUCCUCGUCUCCCGAUACUCCUCCGCCUCCAAGAGAAAGCCGCCGUCGCCGCCGGUUCUUCUUCCUCCGCCGGGGGGGGGGGGGGAACGAUGGCGGCCGAGAGCCGGGAGGAAAAAGGUACCGCCGGGUUUUCCCCUUCCCCUCACUCCCUAGGCCGCUCGUUGCCAUGGCAACCGGGGGGGGGAGCGGCGAAGGCCCUGAGAGAGAGAGACCUGAGGGGCUUUACGAAGGAGGGCGAGGGGCCUUACUGCUGCCUCCCCCCCCCCGGGAAAAGUGGGCUGGGGGGCGGCGGUUUAAUUGCCUUGAAAUGAAAUGUUACUCGCCAUCAGCCUUUUUUGGGGGGGGGGGGUCACGCGUUUGGGAAAGUGGGGCGGUUGGGCAGUAAGGCAAGGGAUGGCCGUUUAAUAGGCCUUGAAAUACUGGGUCUCAGCCUUUGGGGGUCACGUUGGGGAAGGGGGGGGCAUAGGUUGGGGGCUGGAUGGAAAGGCAACGUUGUUGGUUGCCAGGCUUGGGAAAGCAAGGGGGAGGCGUAGGGUGGGGGCUGGCGCUUUUUAAGGGGGCCAAAAUGAAAUCUUGCUCACCACCAUCGUCAUUUUGGGGGUAUUUUAUUUGUUUACUGGAUUUAUAUACCGGUUUGCAGAACAAAUUCAAAAUAUAAAACCGCAAUGUAUAUAAUCGAAGUAAAAGCAACCCAAUAACACACAGACACACAAACCCUUGUACCGCCUUUCCGUAGUUAAAAGCAGUCUGGAGGCAGCUUACAAGAUGAAAAGUUUUGCGUACACAACCGGUUUGGAACAGUUGACACCUAAAUCGUAACAAUAUAAAAAAAGGAAAAAAGUUAUAUCAGUUGUUGUUGGCAUCUGUCUAUCUCAGAAGACAAUGGAGGAGGGUGCAUUUGGGGUUGAGGUCAAGCUGCAGGAUAGUUAAAGCAACAAACCCGCAACAAAAAUGCCCCAGUCCAUUGGUGCAGUCCAGCCAUUGGUCUCAAGUAGGAAACAUUUUAAGCUUUCCUUUUAAAAUUGGUUAAAAUAAAACAUAUAAAAAGUACACAGCCAAACUGAACAGUUUCUGCAUAAAUCAUACUAAUAUAUAAAAAUUAGAAUUGAUGUUAAUAACAGCAACAGACCCCUCCAGCGAAACAUCCUAAGCAAUGGUGCAGUCUAGCCAUUGGUUUCAGGUAAAAAAUGUCUGCAGGCUGUUUGUGCUUUAAAAUAAUGAUUUUUUUAAAAAAUAAAAAAACCAACCUGUUUUUUAAACAGUCUUCUAGUGAGUUUUGGCUGAUUACUUUAUCCUCCUCCCCCACAUUCCGUGAAUAUUAGCUAUUAAACCUGGAAAAUAAAGUUAAAAUGCUGCUGUGUUCCGAUAACAUCUCAGUAAGACUUGUAACUGCCCUAUAAGAUGGACCACUUCCGUUUUCCUAAUGCAGGUGAGAUUCUGAGGAUGGGAGGAUAGUAGUGUACCUAAGACCAGCCAGUAAGUUCUUGGUUGGCCUUACGUUUGAGCCAAAAGUUUCUUGGCUAUAUUAUAAAGUUCACACACUUGGCUGCUAUGUUAAACUAGCUUUCUGUUUUUUCAUAUAUAUAUACACACACAACUCUUAGGCAGGGAUAUUAUACUAGUGACCCCCUCCACUGAUUCAGCUGAUGCUGACUAGAUUUGUGUGUUUCCCUUCUAGUUGGUGUAAAAGCAAAACAAUAAAACAGCUGAUCUGUGUUAUUCCCAUGUCAUGAGAUGAAGUACAGCUCUGCAGCGCUUGAAGCUUUUUGUUUGCCUGUGUUAGAGAUUAGGUUUAUGUUACUGUGCUGUUCAGCAUUUAUUCAAACUGCAUUACAGAAUAAGAUAAAACAGUGGAGGAAAUGUGGGGAGCAAGAAGGUAUCUGAGGUUAGAGGUGAAGGCUGCAAUUUGAAACAUACAAGAUUUGAUUUAAAUGAUGUAAAGUCUGACAGGACUUCUUAGUAAAUCUGGGUACCAUUGAGCUGCUUACAAAUAUAGAAGACAGGGUGGACAAUAAUAUGGUAAAGCAGGCUUACCUUACAAGAGGGCUGAACUAAUACUUGGAUGGUUUUAAAAGAGGAUUAGACAAAUUAAUAGAGGAUAAGGCUAUGUUCUACAUCCAUUUUUGGAGGCUAUGUGCCUCUGAAUACCAGUUGCUUGGAAUAACAAGUGAGGAGAGUACUGUUGUGAUUUCUGCUUAUGGGGUUUGUAUGGCCAUUUCUUUAAACAUUGUGAUAAUGGGAUUUUCAUAGAGUUGGAAGGGACCACAAGGGUCAUUUAGACCAACCCACUGCAAUGCAGGAAUCUUUGGCUCAAUGCGUGUCUUCAACCCACGACCCUGAGAAUCUCUUUCUCUACUGACUAGGCUAUGCUGGGCUAGGUGGGACUUUUGCCUGAUCAAGCCGGUUAUUACAUUCUUUUGACCCUGUUUAACAAUGCAGCUUGACCACUGGCAUAAUUAUGUAUUGUUUAUGUACAUAUUUGUUUCCUAAAUAGAUUAGCUUUAGAAAUCCUGUUAAAACAAGAGGGACAGCUUCUAUUAAAAGCUUGCUUUUUGCAUCUAAUAGGAGCAAUAUGACUGCAGAGCAGUGACUGCAGCAGUUCUGCAUUGUGUGUGCUGAAGGGAAUUUUAUCUUGCAUGGCCUGGUUUAUGUAGAAAUAUAUUGAUGAGUAUGAAGCAAACGGAGCGAUAGUAUAUCUACCAGCUGCAUACUGGGGCACUAUGUAUUUAAAGGAGUAGUAAGUAUCAUGGACGUUCCACCCAAAAUUUAUGUUGGCCUUCAGGUAUUUGAGGUCUACCACAUCUCCAUAGCUCUGUUGUUAUGUCUUUGCAGUUGUAUCUAAGAGGCUCCUGUAAGCGCGACAAAGAAAGGUCCUGAGCUGGUCAUAAGCCAUCCUACUUUGGGCCUUUUCCAAAAUAUAGGUUAGGGUAUUGUAUGCAGUAAUUAAUUUUAUUGGCAAUUACUCUAGUAGAUAACAGCUGCUUGUUUAAGAUAAACUGCUACAGAUUUUUUAUAUAAAUGGCACACCAGUAAAAUACAGUGGUACCUCGGGUUAAGUACUUAAUUCGUUCCGGAGGUCCGUUCUUAACCAGAAACUGUUCUUAUCCUGAAGCACCACUUUAGCUAAUGGGGCCUCCUGCUGCUGCCACGCUGCCGCUGCUUAAGUCAUGUUGGCCACAUGACCUGGAAGCUGUCUGCGGACAAACGCCAGCUCCCCCGGCCUAUAGACCGAGAUGAACGCGCAACCCGGAGUCCAAGACUGGACCUAAUGGUCAGGGGUGCCUUUACCUUUUAGUAGUCAGUUGAUUCCUGCUGAGACCUCCAAACUAUUACAACUCCAGCUGCUGAUAACAUGAGACCAGAAUAGUAACUUGUUGGCAUCUGUCUGUCUCAAGAAACAAUGGAGUGCACCCCUGGGAGUAAAGUCAAAGCGCAGUAGAAGACCAGUACAGUGGUACCUCAGGUUAAGUACUUAAUUUGUUCCGGAGGUCCGUUCUUAACCUGAAAUUGUUCUUAACCUGAAGCAACACUUUAGCUAAUGGGGCCUCCUGCUGCCACACCGCCGGAGCGUGAUUUCUGUUCUCAUCCUGAAGCAAAGUUCUUAACCCGAGGUACUAUUUCUGGGUUAGCAGAGUCUGUAACCUGAAGCGUAUGUAACUCGAGGUACCACUGUACACUGUUCAAGAACAGAACCGGUGCUCAGAAAAAUUGUUUCAGAUGCCCUGUCAUCCUAAAAGCAUUAGGGUGUUUUAAGAAGAAGAAGAAUGUUUACAAACACAAAAAGUAGAGCUGUAUACUACAAGAUGUUUGGUGGUUUAAUUAACAAAGUCACCUCCAAAAGAUUAUUGGGCUUGGGCAGUCUUCCAAUAAGAGACUGUGCUUCCUUGCAGUCCUAUGUCUAAUGUGUAGAUGGUAUGCAUUGUUAAUGAAACACAGUGGUGGUGAGGGAUAAAUGGAGCUCUGGUCAUUCAGAAGUCCAACACUUAAGGGGUGUUUUGUUCAGAAGUCAAGAUAGAGCAAGUGCAGAUAAUGGAAGACAAAUGCAAUUUGCUCCUGAUGUCUCAUAUCCAGAAGGCUACAGGUCUCUGGCACUAGCCGAACCUUCCAAAGUCAUCAUCAAAAACAAAUUCCUGUGAAGAACAUUAAAAUAGGAGUGGUGUUAAGUUAGGUCCAAAUUUAAGAUUGUUGCCACUUAGGCGUGGUGAGAAAACCAGGAAUGCCUCAAAGCAAUUAAUUAUUUUCAGUUUGAAAAUACUUUCUCUCCCCCCCCCCCCAAUAGAUCUGAGUUUCAAGAGACCAUUGGAUUGAGGUCCCAGCCAUACCCCACCCCAACAGUUGCCAUUAGUUGAAUAUUGUCUGGAUUAGGUUUUAGUCUGUAUACCUGUAUCAUUGAGAAAUAAUUGAGAAGCUCUUGAAAACCAAAGAGCCCAGAGAAGCCAGACAAAAUAAAAAAGAGAAAUGUAACUGAUUUUUCAAGGCAGCUCCAUUUUUAAUGGAGUUUUGUACACCACAUUAACUGUAGUUGAAUCUUUGGAAAGCUCUUUGAACUUGAUUGUAGAUAAUUAAAUUUAAUAAUGUUUGUCUGUAGUUAGUAAUGGCUUUGUACUAGUCAACACAUGAUUUGUUAAAACAAAUCAAAACUGCUCAAGGAGAUAGAAUUAUGACACAAAUUCUUGCUGUGGUUCAUCUUAAAGUAAAAUGAUUGCCUGAAAUGGAAAUUUCAGGAAUUGCAGUCCCUCCUGUUGCAUGCCAAACCACUUUCAACAUUGAAGGAAGUUUGAAAAGGUGUUCAUGAUAUGACAGUAGGGAUCUGAUUAUGUUUUUUAUUGUUUUUAGAUAUGCUGUAAGCCGCCCAGAGUGGCUGGGGAAACCCAGCCAGAUGGGUGGGGUAUAAGUAAAAUAAUUGUGAUUAUAAUUCUAAAAAUGGAAAAGUAAAAAUCUAUGUGCACCAGUUGUUGGGAUCCUAGUCCAUAUCUUUACAAGCCUUUAAUUACACCUGGAUGCUUGAGAAGAAGAGAUUAGCCAGAAGGGGGAGGUGUCCUCAACUGUUUGACUCCUCCCUUUGUAGAACUUGUUCUUCAAGAACCACUCCACCUGGCUGUAUUUUCAGGAAAGGUGGCCUAGGUACCAUAUAGCCUGCCCUUAUUGGAAUCACUGCUCUGUGACUAAUAUAGCAAAUACUACAAGAAGUAUGGGGCAUCCUUGUCAGAUUCUCCCAAAAUAUUAUUACUUUUUCUAGUAGUGAAUGAUUGAUAUAAAAUGUAGCUCUUUAAUAUACACAGCUCUAGGAUGAAUGGCUCUGCAAACCUGUGAAGGAUCACAGGUUUUUUUGAGGAGGCUGUUCCUUACCUAUGAAAUUUCAUGAGAGUAAAAUCAGUGCAAACUCAUCCUAGCCUCUAUGCCUUCUUUGAUAGUCCAUGUUUGUCUAAUUAUGACCCAGUCUGUGGUCAGGAAUAAAUCUCAACUGACUGGUGUGAAUAAACAUUGCAGUUAACAUAUUAAUCUAAUUGCCAUAAUUGCAUUAAACAUUUUAAUGUCUUGAUUAAGGUCUAAAUCAGAGGUCGGCAAGGUUUACCUCACCUAGGCCGGUUCACUCCAGUGGAGAUCCUACUGUGGGCCAGAUUGCAUGCCUGUGAUUUCCGGCGUCUGCAGAGAAGCAAUUUCGCACUGGUUUAGCGAAGCGCGCGGGGACUCACCAAGCAGGCAGCUCGGUUCGGGGGUGCCUCCUGGGUCGGUUAAACGACCCCCGUGGGCUGCUUGUGGCCCAUGGGCCUUAGGUUGCCGACCCCUGGUCUAAAGCAAGCCUAUAAGAUUUACCAGGUCAAUUGUCCCUUAUGUAGUUUAGAGAUUAAAGCAACUGAAAGAUAGAUGAGAGGUUUGUCAGUGAAUUUGGUUAAACCUGUAGUAGGGAGUUCAUCCAUAUCUUGCUUCUCCCCAAUUUAAACAGUUUUGAUUGGCAGCUAUCCAAAUUAGUCUUGUGAAAAACUGCCUUGCUAUUCAGUUUUCACUCUUAAUUUUAGAAAAGCUUGAAAUGGGUGGGCAGAUGAAAAUGUGUGGGUAUUGGAUUUUAGUAUCACUUUAAACCAUUUUAACAACUCAUUUGGUAAGAGCAUUGCAGCGGGUUGGACUAGAUCCUUGUGGUCCCUUCCAACUUUAGAACUUUGUGGUUCUAAUUCCACUAUUCUAAUACCAUUAAAGCAAACAGUGCGGCUCUUCUGAAUGCCAUUUCUGAACCUUGUGUUUUGUUUACAGAUGGCGAACUGAAUGUUCUGGAUGAUAUAUUGACUGAUGCACCUGAUCAUGAUGAUGAACUGUAUAACCCUGACAGUGAGCAAGAUAAAAGUGAGAAAAAGGGUAUGCUUCUUCACUAGUUGGGUGCCCUUUUGAAAAGGUGGACAGCAAGAUCAGCCAACAAGCUUGAGGGCUGCUGCCAGGGUGCACAGAGACUUGUGCAUGCCCACUGGGCAGCCCCUCUUUUUCCUGAGAGUUCUUUGCUCUGCAUUACAAAUUCCUUUUGAAGUAUCCUUAUCUCCCUACCACAUUUGAUUUUUUUCAAAGGCAAUGUGAGCUAUUAAAGUAAAAUAUUGACAUGUCACAUAUGUGCAAAGAACCUGCUGUGCCGAUACCUUGGUUGUAGCCUUCAUAUCUGAAUGUUUUUAAAGGCUUUAAGGGCCUUUGUGGAAUAUGGCACGCCAAACAAAACAGUACAGUUUGCUAAAAAGCAAGUACUGUCAUUGCUUAUAAAAUAUUAACAAGUUGAAAUAGUUUUCCUUCCUCAAGCAUGUAAUCUUGGCUCUUUGGCUAUAGAAAUACAUAGGGAGCUGUCUUUCUCCUGAGGAAGCCAGAAGCAAGGUUCUAUUUCAGCUUAUUUCCCAAGUCAACUUUCCACAGCCUGGCGCCCGUCACAUGUUAUUGGAAUGCAACUCCCAUAAUCCCUGACCAUUGGCCAUACUGGCUGGGCCCAGUUGGAGUUGUGAGUCCAGUAACAUUUGGAAUGAUACUACACUAGGGUUUGGAAGGGCUGUGCUAAGUUGUGUUUUGGUCUUUUAAGUCAUUCCAGCAAUUGGUCAUCAGUUUUCUCAUCUUUAAUAGUGAGAGAUACUAGGAUUUCCAAGGAGGCAGUUUAUUUAACACAACAUCCCAGUUUCAAACCUAAUAGCUUUAUGUGCUUUGUCUCAUGCUAAAUGUGAAAAAAGUUUGCUCAUCAUGUUUUCUGAAGAUAGCUUUAGCAGCAUUUUGUUAAUGCUAUCAAGUAACUAUGAAAUGCUGAUUUCAAAAUUUGUUGGUGCUUUUCUAAAAAAAAAUAUUUCAGGAUCCAAAAGGAAAAGCGAGAGGAUGGAGACAGCUGAGAGCAAAAAGCAGAAGCCUUCUGUGCAUUCCUCGAGGCAGUUGCUACCCAAACCUCCAAGCUCAUCCGUUAGCAACAACAAGCGAAUAGUGAGCACAAAAGGAAAGCCAGUAUUGGAAUAUAAGAAUGAGGAGUAUCAAAGGUCUGAUAGGAGCAAGCGCCCAGAAGGUGACAGAAAGAUGCGUAUGACAAGCAGCAGCUCAAGAGACGCCUACAAAGGGCAACCUGAGAAGGCAUGCAUGAGGAAAAGAGAUGCUGACAGAAGGGCAAAGUCUUCCACUCCAGAUACCUCUGGGGUAAGCAGCGGCUUUUGCAGUCAUUAAAUGCACCAGUUCUUGCUCCGAACUCUCUGUGCAUCCUGACAUGUAAGGCGUUUGUUUUAUUCUCAUUUAAACAGAGGCUAAGGCAUGAGGUGGACAGACAGCCAAGCAGGUCCAGCCACUCCUCAAAAGAAGAGGUGAACUCCGAGGAGUACGGGUCGGAUCAUGAAACAGGCAGUAGCGGAUCCUCUGACCAAGGAAACACAGAGAAUGAGGAGGAGGAGGAGGGGAUGGAGGAAGAAGAAGAGGAGGAAGACGAUGACGGGGAGGAGGAGGAAGAAGAAGUGGAAGAAGAGGGAGAUGAUGAAGAAGAGGAUUAUGAUCAAGAUGAAAGGGAUCAGAAGGAGGGAAAUGAUUAUGACACACGAAGUGAAGCUAGUGAUUCUGAAUCUGAAUCUGCAUCCUUUACUGAUGGGUCAGUCCGAUCUGGUUCGGGCUCGGAUAUAUCAGGUAGCUGAUAUCAUUUCUUUCUGCUCUGGGUCUUGUCAUAUUCAGUUAUUUAUUUCUAAAUCGUACCACAGAUGAUUGGCUCUGGUGUGAUUUCCUGGUGUCGGAAGAGCAGCACCAGUAAGGAUAGCACAGCAGCAAAGUGUUCAUUUUUGUCCAAAGGGCUUCCUAUGGCCACUGAGAACAGUGCUGGACUAGAUGGGUCCUUGGUCUCAUCCGGCAGAGCUCUUCCUGUGCUCUGGUGCUCAUUAGUGUCUCACUAAGCAGUUUCCUUCAUAGUGCUGGUCUCUUGGCCAGAGGCUGUGAGGAAUGAAAGUGGAAACAUAAGAUGAGUUUUCUGGCAGUGUACUUUACGUUACAUUCUUUUAGGGACCUCUUUCAUGGGGAUGAGAAAAGAUCUUCAAACCAGUGUGUCUCACAGGUUCAACUUACGUUUCAACGUGAAUAAUUCUAUGUACCAGUGUUUGUAAUACCAGUCUAGGUUAGCCUUUCUCAGUCUUGGGUCCCUAGAUGAUGUUGGACUACAACUCUCAUAAUCCAUAGCCAGCAAGGGAUGAUGGGAGUGGUAGUCCAACAACAUCCAGGAACCCAAAGUUGAGAAAGGCUGGUCUGCGUAUAUUUCUGUGGUGAAAAAAUUGAUUUUUAAAAAACAUUUUUUUAAAAGAGUAGAUUAUAACUGAAGAAACAGUGUUUCCAGCAGUAUAUAAAGCUAGUUGGCACAUUCUGGUUUAAAAAAACCUGGAAAGAAAUCAGAGCAAAACAGCUGAGUUUUAGCUGAAUUUCAAACUUCUAGCCAAAUACUUAUGUUCUAUUAAUUUAUUAUUGUUCACUAUUUAAGCGAUGUCCCUCCCAACUCCGCCUUCCUCGUUUUAUUUUUCGGUGUCCCUAAUUGUCCCAAGUAUCGUGACAGGGACAGUUCCAUUUCAGAAGCUUUGGAAUAGUGUUAUCAAUGUGGUGUGGUUGUUGUGUCACAUGGCUAGAUCAUUUGAAUAACAUGGCAAACACCCCAAUCAGCAUUGCACCUCAUUGGGUGUCUGGCACAGACUCCUUAAGCGAAUCUGUUAUCCAGAAGUAGGUUGUAAUCCAUGGUGUGCAAAAGAGGCAAGCUUACGUACCUGGCAAUGUAUAAAUCAGGCUUUAGGGCGAUGUGUUUGCUGUAUUUCUAAUAAUGUGCAUAAACGUUGUGGUCCAAGGGCAUGCUGGGGCUCCAACAGGAGGCUUGAUCUAUGCCAGUCAAUUUCUUGACUUUGUGAAGACCUCACACUCAUACACACGUGCGCACACCAUACUGUAUCAGAAACUGCUUUUGAAAUUUGUGUGUUUCAAAAGCAGCUUUCCAUGUAAUGUGCAAUAUUACUGUUCAAGGCAAAAAAGUUUAAAGCUCCCUUGAGCUCUGCAAAACAACUCCAUGGAUCUUUGGAUCCUGACUAAAGAACGAAGGGCUAAUGAGAUGAUAGUUCUGAAUGUUGAGAGCCAAAUAUGCAUUUAGCUAAUGUAAACUGUAUUGACCUUCUUUGCAAUCAUUCCUGAUAACGUUGUUGGUGUCGGCCUUAAAAGUACUGCUGUUGCUUGUUUUGAUGGUCUUAGAUGAGAAAAAGAAGGCGAGAAAAAGAGCUAGAGGCAUCUCUCCGAUUGUUUUUGAUAGAAGUGGAAGCUCUGCAUCAGAGUCGUAUGCAGGUAUUAUUAUGUUAUUGCUUAUCUUACUGAAAUGAUCUGUAGCAAAACCCUUGAACUGCAUUUUCCAAAAUAAAUAGUGGGCCAUAGAAACCUCUUGGACAUGUAGCUAAAUAGUGAAAAUUGGUAUUUUGGCAUGUUCUGUGUGAAUAAUUUGGGGAAGUAGGUUUUCUUGUUAUGUUAAUGCUAUUUUGUUGCUUAAGUGGAAUUUUCACUUUUUAAAACUUGGAAGAUGAUGAUUCAUUGACUAGUUUUCUGAAGAGAAAACUGGUCCACCAAAACAAACAAACAAAAUGAAACAACCCAAAAAUCCAAAACAAACCCUCGUGCACAUUGAGCAGCAUUCUUUGUGUGUGUGUGGGUGCGCGUCAGGAGGAAUAAUUUGUCAUGAAUGAAAAUAGUAUGUGAAAAGGCUGUAGAAUUUAUAUCGUAUCUCUAUUAAGGCUCAAUCUGAACAAAUGUACUUUGGCUAAACACAGGUUCAGAAAAGAAGCAUGAGAAAUUAUCAUCUUCCGUUCGUGCUGUCCAAAAAGGUAUAAUUUAAAUUCGAAUUUUUUAAUGCAUGCUCCCAUUGCAAGCUGUUGUGUCAAGUCUUUGUUAACAUACAUCAAAUGUGGUAAUGUUCCGAUGUAUAGUGGAACUAACUCAAGUGAGCAGAUUGUAUUGCCUCUCAAAUUACUUCUUGCAUGCAUCUUCAUAAAGGCAAAUAUAUAUAUAUCUUAUUGCUGAAUUGGCAAGCAAAGAAUUAAUGAAAUGGUGCUGUUUGAAAGAUAAAAUUUCGUAGGUUCCUCAUCCAAGAAUGUAUUUUACUCCAAUAACCAGGAAGUGAACAUAUCGGAACAUUACUGAUGUUGCAUUGGCUUUUUACUUGAAAUAGCUUAUUUUGCUUUCUACGCUUAGCAUUGCAUGCUAUGACACAGAUUUCAAGUCUGAAAUAUGUGGUAUUCGGCUACUGACUUGCAGCACAAUUCCUCAAAAUUUGGUCAUGUAGCUUCAAUAUAUUAAAAUGGAAUUUGUGCAGGAGACCAAUAUAAGCCCCUCUGAAGUGAAGAAUAGUUGUACCACAAUAUAAAAGGGCUUGUCCCACAAAGGGGCUAUAAAUAUGUGUUGUGUGUUUACUUAGGAGGUGCAGAGGGAAAUGCCAAUAAAAUUACAUUUUGCUUUGUUUCCACCCCCAGACCAAACUAGCAAACUUAAAUACAUUCUCCAAGAUGCAAGAUUUUUUCUUAUCAAAAGUAACAACCAUGAAAACGUCUCACUUGCCAAAGCUAAGGUAUGCCACAUUGCACUUACAGACUGCUUUCAUUAUGAAGAUAAAACUCUGAUUACGGAAUAGGGGCAAUUGUUCUUUUAAUUAUCAAGCCUUUAAUUAGUUCUCUUACCUCAACCCUGUCACAAAGAAAUGGAAUUAGUUAGCAUCUCACCAGCUGUAUCUCUGUUACUUUGAAUCUGCUGGGAGCCUUGCAGAAAGAAAGGGGAACAACAAAUUCUGGUUUAAUGCUUUUUUUUUUACUGUUUAAUGCUUUCCAUAACGCUUUGAACUUAAUGGGUUAUGAUUUUCCUGGUCCUCCCCAAGCUUUUGUUGGAUAUGUGAGCAUUUAUGAAAUACGAAGCUGUAUCCGUCAUACUGGCUUGCCUGUAGUGGUAGUACCUCAGUUAGAGAUAUUUCUCAGCUGUCACAUCUUUUAACUGGAAAUUACAAGGACUGAACUUGGGACCUGGUGCAUGUCAAACAUGUGUUCUAGCACUGAGCUAAGUGCAAGGUGUCCCUGGCGCAUCCAUUGAACAGUUUUGGUUUUAUAAUUCACAUGUCUGUUCAUCUCUCUGCAGGGUGUCUGGUCAACCCUCCCAGUCAAUGAGAAGAAGCUCAACGCUGCCUUCAGACAAGCAAGGAGUGUUAUCUUGAUAUUUUCUGUGAGAGAGAGUGGGAAAUUCCAAGGUAAAGAAGAGGGAAUGCCUGCACUCAACAUUAACCCAAAGUUGUUUAGGUUAUGUCGUCUCAUUGCAGUGUUCUGAUUCUUGCAGGAUUUGCAAGGCUGGCUUCAGAAUCCCAUCACGGGGGAUCUCCCAUACACUGGGUGCUACCUGCAGGAAUGAGUGCAAAAAUGCUGGGAGGCGUAUUUAAGAUAGAUUGGAUAUGCAGGUAAAAGGGUUAAAAUGUGACAUUUCUGGUUCGUAAUGUUUACUUUUGGAUAUUCUGAGUAGGUUCACAAAGUGUAUCCUCAAAAUAGACAUGAUUCAUUUGCUGGAACAAUAGGUUACCACCCAUUUGCAUAGUCUGGAGAUAGUUCGCAGAUAGCUCAGUUGGUAGAGCAUGAGACUCUUAAUCUCAGGGUUGUGGGUUUGAUCCCCACGUUGGGCAAAAGUUUCCUGCAUUGCAGAGCAUUGGACUAGAUUAUCCUCACGGUCCCUUCCAACACUAUGAUUCUAAAAGACUUUCGUCUUAGUGGAAGGAAUAUUUUUGCCCUACCAUGAAUAGGGUAUAUAUCUUUUGUCUUUUAUUUUUUGCCAUGCUUCAGAGAGUUUGUUAUUAACCAUCAUCUUCAUAGGUGACAAAUUAUUGCCUUAAAUUCAGUCCUAUGGUCUUGCAAGUGUGUGUGUGUGUGUGUGAGAGAGAGAGAGAGAGAGAGAGAGAAAGAAAGAGAGAGAGAACACAUACACAGACCUGCCAUUAUUAGCAUUCUGUGCUCCCCCAACUGAUUAUGUAAGGCUCUUGAUAGCUGCCUCUAAUGCAUGGAUUUUGAGACAUUGAAGUAUAGGAUGGGAAUAGGGAGCCUCUAUCUGCUGCAGUAGGAUGUCGUCAGAAAUUGACACUCAAGAUACUGACUUUCAGACUAGUAGUCUAUGAAGUUGGGAAACCAGAGGUUGUGCUGCAAAAGAUGCAUUCUUCACAUCCCCAACCCUGUCAUUGAAGUCUAGUUUUUUGUUUUGCAUUGGUUUUCUCUUGUCUUUGAAAAUAAUCAAACUUCUCAUGAAACACAUAUUCUAUAUUAUGAAUGUCAAGCUUGGUUUUUGUCAUCACUUACCUGAAAUGUUCAGAAUAGUGAUGGUUGAGUUUCCCCAAGUCUUAAUUUUAAAUCGAGAGAGAGAGAGAGAGAGAGAGAGAGAGAAGAGUUUCUCAAUCUGUGAAGAUAACUUAAUCCUUUUGAACAUCUUCCCAGCAUUACUACUGUACUGGAAGUCCACAUUUUUUCCAGUAGUGCUUUCAUAGUUUGUUUACUUCCUAGAAAGUAAUAGCAGCAUUCUAGGUGUUAAGAACGCUGCCAGAAUGUCAAAACAGUGUGGGUGGGUGGGAUGCAAAGGCAAGGCUUAAGUUUCCUUCUGGAAGAGAACUUACAGGGUUGUCAUGCUUGCUUCAUACUAGGGUGAGCAUUAUGAACCUAACUCAGUUGGUCUUCCAAGCUGCACUUUGAUAAUAUUUAUAUCUGCCAGUUCAGAAUGCUCAUCUUCCUGGUUUUCUGUUUUCUUUUUAAUGUUCAAGUUAUAGUCCAUAAAAGCAUCCUUGUAUACGAUUUAAUUUAAAUGCCAAAUACACAAAAUGUAUUACAUGUCACUUGUACGUUUAGGCGUGAGUUGCCAUUCACGAAAUCUGCUCACCUGACCAAUCCUUGGAAUGAGCAUAAACCAGUAAAGAUUGGACGUGAUGGACAGGUUUGUCAUUUGUGUUAAUUAUUCCUCUUCAGUAUCUUAAGGCCAGUAGUUAAAAUUUUGGAAUGCAUUUGUUCUUAUUUUAUUUGAUAGUUGUCCACGUUUGAAAGACAGCCACCAUUAAUUCGAGCACAAAGAGAUCCUAGAACAAUGAUGAACAGUAACCUCUUAGAAAAAAAGUCACAACAAAAUAUCUUCUUUUGAAGCAUCUUGAAGUGUAGUCCAUUCUUUAUUAAAGCUCCUGUUAGGCUACUUUCUGCCAAAAGCAGCCUUGAAUCUAGAUGAACUGUGACUCCCACCAUUCUCAAGUCUCUAAAAUGGGUUCAUUGUGAGGGAGAAAUAUGGGCUUGUUCUCCUGCUAUACUAACUGGGAGGGUAGGGUCUUGUGAAAAAGCAGCCCACAUAAACUUAUGACUUCCUUCACCUUGCAUGGCUAUUUCAAAUCUCAGUGUGCUUUUUAAAAAGAUAGCUGUAACACUAUUUGGCAUGCUGCAAAUACAAUUUUUGAUAGCUAACAAAAUAAAGAUAUGCACUCUUUGUUGCUUCAUGGGCAGCAUAUGUCCUAAAAUUCCAUAAAAACAAAUUUACCUAAUCUAUUUGUUUGUGCCGGUGAGCUUUUGAUCCAUGAUUCUGGGCUACACAUGUUGGUUGCACAAGGUAUGUGAUACAACUCUUUCUUACUUACGCUGUAACAUUUUUCUAGAAAUCCCUCUGUUGGUAUUUAUAGCUGUUUCUAGUAUAACUUUCUCGUAGAAAUCAGCAAAAACAUGUCAUUGAGCGUUAUACUUCGUUGUGUCCGUCUGGUUGGCUGCAGAAGCUGUCUUUGGGAAAUUUGGAUUCAUUCAGAGUUCACCUUGUAAAACGAGCGUUUAACUGUUCCAGGAAAUUGAGCCUGAAUGCGGAACCCAGCUUUGUCUCCUAUUCCCUCCCGAUGAAAGUAUUGACUUGUAUCAAGUCAUUCAUAAAAUGCGGCACAAGAGAAGAAUGCAUUCUCAGCCCCGGUCAAGAGGACGGCCGUCCCGCCGAGAGCCACUCCGAGAUGUGGGAAGGUUAGAAACGUUCUUUGGACUGAUAAUAGGCACAUGUGUCAGAAUUACGUGAUGGAGGAAUGUGAUUCAUCAAAAAGCUUUCCCUGCAAUCAAGAAGAGAGAAAAUCCUCACAUCAAGCUGCAUGGACGGGUUUGUGGCUUCAUGGAGGAUUUCACACUGUCCCCCCUCCCCCAGUUGGUCACUUUCAAGAGGAAAACGGGGACCUUUGGCUCAUGCAGAAAAUACGUUCUUGUAAACCUAGCUUAGACUAGAUCUUUGGUCAGAUAAUGCAGAUAAUCUGUUCGUGUAGGUAAGCGGAUUUAUCAUGAGCAGGCUAGGUGGAGGAAGAGCAAGUCUGUGUGUUCAAAAAUGUGUUAAUAUCUUGUAAAAGCCUUUUCUUUCAGGUAUAUCUCUGGAUAAGCCUUGUCAAAAUAUGGGACUUUUAUCAGGAUCACUUAUAAUUUUGCAGAAGAUGACCGCCUCAUUUUGAGGAUAAAAAUAUUUGUGUUAUUUUGCUGUUCAAGAAGAGCGUGUUUGGGACUGUCUCAAAUUGUAUCACCGUGCUGUGGUUAAGCCCAUUACCAAAUAUUCUCUCACAUCUUGCUGAGCUUCUGGAAGCCGUAGGUUCUCUCCAAAGGGGGAGGAAGUGGCCUUGGAGACCCGGCAACAAACCAAAAAGAAUGGCUGUUGCUGUGUCUGUGUACACAACCUUUCCAGAUGCGGGCAGCACCUGUGGACUUAAGAGUGGUUUUAGAGGAUCGCCACGAUUAUUGAUCACUGCUCUAUGAACUUGCCAACAUUCCCCAGAAAAGAGGGGUAUAUCUUGUUACAGAAUUGGAGAAGUCUUUGCAAAGGACUGAUAUAAGCCCUUCUAUCCAUCACGAUUCCCUGACCCCCUGUGUAGCCACUUUGCUUUCUGAUAAAUCUAAAGCCUUUCCGCUAAAGACUGUGUAGUUUGGGCUGAAACCUUUUUCGGUUGCAGUUUCCUGUUUGUGGAAACGUCCUGUGGUAGGUAACAGAUAUCCAACGAGUCCCCAUAUCCUUGCUGUUUAAAAAAAAAAAAAAAAAAGGACACCGUAACCUGUAGGUAGGAGGAAUCCUGGCAGCAUCCCCCUUUCUUUGGGCAUAAGAGGACUGAGCAGCGAUGGCUUUUGAAGUUAAGCCUGAGAGGUUUCCAGUGCAAUAAAGUAUUUACGAGUGAAGGUUUUGCAAUGGACUGCAAACUAUACAUUAUAACACCACCACACCUUCUCAAGCCUGCCAGGGCCUCCAUUUAUGUAUGUGGCUUUCAGCUUAAAGUCAGUAGUUGGACUACUAUAUGAACUGUUACUAUCAUAUAUUAUACCGGUCGUAAGUGCACACUCAAACUACAAGAAAGCGGUAUGUUUAUUCUUUACACCAGCUCUUUUUUUCUAAAUCUAUUUCUGCUGUACAUACAGUUGCUUUGUUUGCUCAGAAUUGUGAUACUUGCUUUUAAAAUGGUAAUGCAAUAUAUUUUAAUGGUAGUUGGGGAGGAGGGAGGGGUCAUUGCCUUUGGCCUGUAUAAUUGUUUCACCUUUUGAUGGUGUAUUUGAAGGGUUUGGGGAGGGGCAUUCAGUGACCUGCUGGUGGUGAGCAAAGGAAAACCCAGGCUGGCAGCUGCAAAAUACCUUCUUCGGAAAGCACAAGCAUUUCAGCUAGUAAUAAGAAUUUUGAAAAUUCUCUUAGCUCUAAUCUCGAGAACAUAGGAAUAGGCCAUAUUGUAAAAGAUCCUUCCUGGCUAGUAAUCUUUGUAUGUAAAGCGGGGGCAGGGGGAAAAGAGAGAGAGAUGGGUCCGAAUGAUAUCAGUCCAAGUGAGGCAGAGUAUUUAGAGGUUCGGAACACGUCCGUAAGAUGCGUCCAAAUUGUGUGGCUCUGUGCUUGUAGGACGAGCAUCAAUAUAGCAAUUGCACAAGUUACAAGUAGGGUUAAAUUAGGUUUAUGGCUACAGUUCUGUGUGUAACGGGGAGUAAGCCCUAAAGAAGUAGGUUGGAAUUAAGAGGUAUGGCUGGGUCAAGGAUUUCAGGUUCUUUGCCACCAUAAAAUGCCAGUUAAGCAUAUUUACAUCGACACAAGAAAGGAUUGAGCGGUGAAUUUGGUAAGGCUCACACAGCUGCCUGGGACUUCAGAAACCUCCCAGAAAGUCGUCCUGGGUUACCUCCUGUUCCUUCUGAAGGUAUUUACUUUAAGGUUGCUCCAAACAAUUGUUUAAUUAUUGUCUAAUUUAUGUAGGCGUCGACCAGAGGAUUAUGAUAUUCAUAACAGCAGAAAGAAACCAAGGAUUGAUUAUCCCCCUGAGUUUCACCAAAGACAAGGUUAAUAUCUCGUUAUGCAAAUACAUUUGCACAAACGUACAGAUUUGUGUAUUAACAUCUUGAAUUUGUGUAGAAUGUGAAGGUUGAAAUAAAGCUUUGAGGGUGCACAGGGGUCUUCAGGGCUCUAGUUAAAGCUCAUUUUGAAUAGGAAGACUUAACGGAACGUGUGGGAUCGUGGUGCCCUUGGAGCAUGGUAGGGGGACCAAGCUUAGAGCAGAGACAAAAAUGUUAGAAAUGUCCUUCUAUUAUAUGAGUGAAUAUGUAGGUAUGUCUUAUUAAUCUCCUCAAAACAGGCUACAUUGUACUUUUGUUGAUGUUUAGAUUAAAUCUUGGCAUCAAUCUAAAAUGACCAGAUUUAACAUUCUUUAUCCAAUAGCUAGAUAAUUACUGGAGUCUGCUCUAUUCUGCUAUAAAGAAAAACACGAUACAUUUUAAAGCUCCUUACACAAAUUGUUGAAGCCACCUUUGGGAACAGCAGAAUUACCUUUCCUUGUUCUCUUUGCCAAGGCAGGUGCAUGCUUGUGGGAAAGAUGCUAAUUUCUGUCUAUAUAUUGCUAUAGCGGUAAAUAUGAUAUAUAAUGCUGCUUGGUUUUAAACAGGCUAUAUAAAGGAUCCCAGAUACCAAGAUGCAGACAGGUAAGAGAUGCUUUAGUCUUUGUUUAUUUUAUGCUUUGGUAACUUAGCACUGUGUUUAAAUUCACAAAUCUCAUUCCCAACAGACGAUUUUCAGGAGUGCGGAGAGAUGUCUUUUUAAAUGGGGUAAGUGUCUGCCUUUUCGUGUGCUGUAGCUGCACGUGCUUUAAUGCUGCCAGUGUUUUUGACGUUCCCUGUAUGUGUUUAUUUUCCAGUCCUACAAUGAUUAUGUGAGAGAAUUCCACAGCAUGGGUCCGCCGCCACCCUGGCAAGGAAUGGUUUGUAUUUUUAAACGCACUUUACUUUUGACCAUGCAUUUGAUUGAAUGCAUUCCUUAGAGUAACGAUGAUAAGGGUAGUUUCAUUUUUAUUUUUUUUAUGAACUUCCUUAGGGAUCUAAAAAUGACAAGCGAUUCCUGCUGAAUCAGACCAAACUCUAUCUAGUCCAGCAUUCUGUUCUCAUGGCGUCCAACUGCAUGCCACUAGGAAACCCUGCAAGCCAGGAUAUAAGCGUAGAGUCGUGCUCUUAAAUGCAUGCAAGAAAGAUUUGCUACGUAUAAAAGAAGCACAGGUGGAAAAGAGCAGGCAAUAUGAAAGAAUGAUGUCGGGGGGCUACCAAAGUUGUAGCGAAACAAGGCCACAGAAAAAAGAAGGAAAUCAGCAAGCCUUAUACUGUUGAAGUACAAUUGGGGGGAGGGACACGGAUGGCGCUGUGGGUUAAACCACAGAGUCUAGGGCUUACCGAUCAGAAGGUCGGCGGUUUGAAUCCCUGCGACGGGGUGAGCUCCCGUUGCUCGGUCCCUGCUCCUGCCAACCUAGCAGUUCAAAAGCACGUCAAAGUGCAAGUAGAUAAAUAGGUACCACUCCAGCGGGAAGGUAAACGGCGUUUCCGUGCGCUGCUCUGGUUCGCCAGAAGCGGCUUAUUCAUGCUGGCCACAUGACCUGGAAGCUGUACGCCGGCUCCCUCAGCCAAUAAAACAAGAUGAGCGCCGCAACCCCAGAGUCAAUCAUGACUGGACCUAAUGGUCAGGGGUCCCUUUACCUUUACUUACAAUUGGGGGCGGGGCACAAACCAAAGGAGGCUAAAAGAUGACUUGGCAUACCCAAUAGCUGACCUCUUCAAAAGGAAAAUUGAAUCUUGUGGGGAAGCUGCACCUAGAAUGCAGACUGGAGUGGUCUGUUUGGGGUGCAUGGAACCCAGGGCAGGCAAGAUUUCUUUAGGAAGGAGGAUAUACCACAGCAGGCCCCACUUGUAAAGUACACUUAGAUAGUAUCCGGGUAAAUGAACCAUUCGAUCUCAGAAGUUCCCAAACUGUUGCAGUGUGUCUGGAUUUGUUGUUGCAGAUGGAAGACAGCACAACCAUACAACAUCUAGCACAGGGAUACAGUGCAUAGCUGUCAACGUUUCCCUUUUUUUAAAAGGGAAAUUCCCUUAUUCCAAAUAAGAUUUCCCUUUAAAAAGGGGGGAAAGUUGACAGCUAUGUUACAGUGGCUACAACAGGCAGAAAAAUCAUCAAUUGGUCGUGAAACCCUCAGCGAUUUUCAAGUGGUCCAUGACAGGAGAGUUUGUAAACUACUGAUCUAUGCAAUAACAUUGAAUUUCAAUGUUCUGGGUGGGUUUGGUAUCAAGACACUUGUGUCAAACUACAAUAUCUGUUCGGCUCCAGCCUCCCACCUGCUUUUGCAAUCAGUUCAAAGCAAAUGUAUGCAUAUUGAUUUUGACUGUAACAUUGAGAGCAUGUUUUUGGCAUGGCGAUAAUCCUCACCCCAUUCAUCCUCCCUAGCAUUCUGGAAGCCUUUUAUUUUACCUUGCAGAACAUGGCCCCCAGUGGCAUGGUGAAUAUCCCCACUGCCAGUUUAAUUCUGCACAAGGUACGGGUGCCCCUUCCACACGGAGAAUUGUGUGCAUAGUAUGUUUGUACCUAUACAAACUACACUGUUCAGUCGCUGCAGCCUCCUCCUGUGUCUGGUUGUGGAAAUGUGGGGUUAAGUGUACAGUUUGGGCUAGUUUUUAACCACUAUAAGGUAUAGUGGUUAUUACAGUUGCAUUUGAGUGUUCAUUGAUGCCGAUUGUGUUCUAAGGAGGAGAAAUUUAAGCGAAUAACACCGUUUUCUUUUUAGCCUCCUUACCCAGGUAUGGAACAGCCUCCCCACCAUCCUUACUACCAGCACCAUGCUCCUCCACCACAGGCUCACCCUCCUUACUCAGGGCACCAUCCCAUUCCACACGAUGCACGAUACAGGGAUAAGCGGGUGGUAAGUAUGCCCAGAAGGGCUGGUACCAUGCCAGUUAAGGGUCAUGGGCAGAUCUUACGCUGUCAAGAGACCUUUAUACAGUCUUAAGUGUCAGGCCUCUACGUUCAUUGAAACUUUCAGUGCGUGUUCUGUCCCAGCCUUCAAAGAGCACAUUUUAAAGCUACCGCUUGUGCCAAAAUAAAUAGUAGAAUGCAAGCACACGAGACUGGAGAGCAAAACCUAUGAUGUUGUUUUACAAAGUUGUUCCUUUUGCACAUGCCCAUCAUCGACCCCUUUGCAUAUUUUUGCAUAUGCUCCCAAGUUAGUUUGAGCCUUGAGAGUCUCAGUUGUUGAAGACUUGGAAGAUUUGCAAGAAGUAUUGUAUGUGGUUUGAGUUUUCCCUUUCAAAAGAGAAACUACGCUCCAGAUGCAUGUUGAAUCCAGAUACAGCGGUACCUCGGUUCUCAAACGUCUCCGUUGACAAACAUUUCGGAACUCGAACCGUCUUCCGUAACGGAUUACAUUCGAGAACUGAAGUACCACUGUAUUUGAAGGCAAAGCCCGUUUUCAUUUACGAUUUGUUUUGAUCCUUCUUUUAAAGAUUAGCAUAAGGAAUGUUAAAAAGGGACGCGGGUGGCGCUGUGGGUUAAACCACAGAGCCUAGGACUUGCCAAUCCGAAGGUUGGCGGUUCGAAUCCCUGCGACUGGGUGAGCUCCCGUUGCUCGGUCCCUGCUCCUGCCAACCUAGCAGUUCGAAAGCACGUCAGAGUGAAAGUAGAUAAAUAGGUACCACUCCGGCGGGAAGGUAAACGGCGUUUCCGUGCGCUGCUCUGGUUCGCCAGAAGCAGCUUAGUCAUGCUGGCCAUGUGACCCGGAAGCUGUACGCUGGCUCCCUGGGCCAAUAAAGCUAGAUAAGCGCCGCAACCCCAGAGUCGGCCACGACUGGACCUAAUGGUCAGGGGUCCCUUUACCUUUACCUUAAUAAGGAAUGUUGGAGGCUUGAGGCCUCCAGGUCCAUUAUAACAUCAGAGCACUGGUGGGUCAGUCCAAAGGUCUGUCUAGGCCAGCAUCCUGCUUAUCACAGGGACCAACCAGAUGCCCAUGAAAAGCCCUUAAGCAGCAUUUGAGGGCAAUAACCUGUCCUGCAGCAUUACCUAGUGACUGGCAUUCAAGAGGCAUGCCACCCCCGCUCCUGGAGGCAUCAUAAAGCGAUAGUGACCAGCAGCCUUACCUGUGCUUUGUAGCUUUUUAAAAUUAGGUGAUCUAUAAAAACAUUUCUGUCUCCUACAGCAUGAUUAUGACAUGAGGGUAGAUGACUUUCUACGUCGGACACAAGCAGUUGUCAGCGGCCGAAGAAGCAGACCCCGAGAACGAGAGCGGGAUCGUGAGAGGGAUCGGCCCCGGGAUACCAGAAGGGACAGAGAUCGGGAUCGGGGCAGGGAGAGGGAGAGGGAGAGGAUAUGCGAUCGGGACAGAGACAGAGGAGAAAGAGGAAGAUAUAGAAGAUAAUGCAUUGCGGAACUGCAGUCACUUAAAGCAAAGGCUUGUAUAUUUGUGUGUUUACAGGUAGUAAACUUCUAUUUUCCUCUGUCUACCUACUUUAUUGUGUAGAAGGAUUUAUAAUUGACCCUCUUUGUUCUAAGCAUGCAGUAAGCUGUGAACUGGAAAAUCCCCAUCGGCUAAACAAAAAGACAAAAAACGUGCAAACUUGACCCUUGAGUUGGUGACUUUCAUUUGAGCAGUUUCGAAAAAGUUUAAAGAAGGUAGAUUAAUGAUCCCUAUGUGUUUAUCUUAACUGUAAUUUAAUCAUCUGUUUGUUUGAAUACCAGUUGACAACUGCCAUAAUAUUUUUGCUUUUGUUUCCUUCCAUGUAGUUUUUUUACAUGAUUCUGUGGGGGGAAAUGCUGCUAUCAGGUAUGCAAAUACUGGGUGUGAUGGUUUGGCUGUAUGUCCGUGUUGAAACAGCCAUGUCUUGAUUUUUCUGGUUGUUCCUUUUUUUAUGGAAAAAAAAACACCUCUGUAAGAGUCAAGCUUGUUCAAUAAUGAAAGCAAUAUUAAGAUGACAAUAUUGAUAUCUAAUUUUUAACCUUUUAAACAGCUUUCCUGUGUUGUGCUGGCAUUUUGGUUAAUGCUAUUGUUUGUUCGCCUCUCCCACUUCCAUAUUACACCCCCCCCCCGAAAAAAAUGUCCAUAUUGUUUGGAAUGUCCACCGUGUGUGUGUGUGUGAGCACAAAAUCUUGCUGUAUUCUACAUUGCUACCAUUUUUUUUUAUAAUAAAUUGGUAACAGUCAACUUUCAUGGAUGUGCA